ACUCGAAUUGGGCUCAAGUUACAAUCAGUGCAACGUAUCAAGACAAAGUACUUCAAAAUUAUCUAUAAAUAGAAGAGCCUCAAACCCAUUCAGAUGCAAGCCAAAUAGACUCAGAGAGAGAGAGAGAGAGAGAUGGAAUUCACACAACAAUUCCCCAUGAAAGGAGGAGUGGGAGAAACAAGUUAUGCUAACAACUCAUUACUUCAGAGUAAGGUGAUAUUGAUGACAAAGCCCAUGAGGGAGGCAGCCAUCACAGCUUUCUUCUCCACUAUUGCCACUACCAUCCCGACAAGCCUCGCCAUCGCGGACUUGGGCUGUUCCUGUGGCCCCAACACUCUCUUUGCCGUGUCGGAGAUCAUCAGCAUCGUGAUGGAUCUCUACAAUGCGAAGAAGCACGAGCUGCCGGAGUUCCAAUUGUUCUUGAAUGAUCUCCCGGAGAAUGACUUCAACACCCUCUUCAGCUACUUCUUGCCAAGAUUCCAAGAGAAGCUAAGUGAGCAAAUGAAGAGCAAGUACGGAGUGCGAGCGGCGUUGGCAUGCUUCUUCAAUGGCGUUCCCGGUUCGUUCUAUGGGAGAUUAUUCGUUAAGGAGAGUCUGCACCUCUCUCUCUCUCUCUCUCUCUCUCUCUCUCUCUCUCUCUCUCUCUCUCUCUCUCUCUCUCUCUCUCUCUCUCUCUCUCAGGUUCCAAGAGGGCUAGAGGAAAACAAAGGCAACAUAUCUAUGGCAAGAUUGAGCCCUCCGAGUGUGCUUAGGGCAUGUUACGAGCAAUUCCAAAGGGACUUCUCAACAUUCUUGGAGUACCGUGGGCAAGAGUUGGUAGUGGGAGGGUGCAUGGUUUUGACCCUCCUUGGUCAAAGAAACGAUGAUCCUUCAAGCGAAGAGUAUCGCCAGUUUUGGGAGCUCUUAAUUAUUGAUCUCAAUGAGAUGGUCACCGAGGGACUCAUAGAAGAAGAGAAACUGGACUCCUUCAACGUCCCUUAUUACCCACCCUCACCAAAAGAAGUACACCGAGAGGUCGAAAAGCAAGGGUCAUUCUCAAUUGAUUGCUUGGAGGUGUUUGAAGUGAACCGGGAUGUAUUUGAGAAGGAUUUUGACCCUAAUGUUGUCUCAGAGGAAGCAUCAGACAAAAUGGUCGAUGCCUAAGAGCUAUAGCCGAGCCCUAGCUUGUUUUUCACUUUGGUGAAGAGAUCAUCAAUGAGGUUUUCAAGAGGUUUAGGGCCAAGCUCGGCGAGCGCUUGUCUAAGGAAAAUAUUGCAUUGGUCAACAUCAUCAUCUCACUGAAGAAAAUUACCUAGAUAAAUCACAAAAACUCACAAAUAAAUACAUCACAGAUGUAUGUACUUCUAUAGUGAAGCUGAAAUAAAAGUGUCAUGAGUGUGUUUACUAUAGUUUGAAGG